AUGGGACAAUCAGGAGCCGGCAAAAUACUUCGAACCGCAGGUGCAGGUGUCAGAUUGUCUCUCCUCCUAAAUGCAGCAGCCUGUCAGAUAUCACAGUCAGGAAUCGAAAUCCAUUGCAUUGCACGAGGGAUUUCUCUCUUUUCCUUGGUGCUAAAGCAAAUGGGGCAGACUAUCCGGCUAGCAGAUCUAGAUCAUUCGUGCAUAGCAGUGGCUAAGGCAAGGAAGAUUGCGGACCAAGGACAAGGGGUAUUUGAUGAGAUAGAGCAUAUGCUGGAUAUGCUAAAGAGCACCGAUUCUCAUGAAAGUCUUCGCACUAUCCCUCUCUCCCACCGCGUAAAAUGGAGUUUCAGGAAACAUCACAUCACCUAUCUUCUGGCACAUCUUGAAUAUCUCAAGCUCAGCCUGAUAGUGUUGCAAAAGAUUGUGCAUAUUGAAAUGCUGAUCAAGACAAUGAGUUCGUUUGAUUUGGAGAAAGAUGAGACAAUUGCUCAAGAGAAAGCCGAGACCCAAAAUAUGAUCAUAGUUCGCUAUUGGUCUGGCAAUCGACUAAGUCGUCUAUGGGAGUUUGCGGAACAAGAGGCAUUUGAAGCUGCAAAUGAUCAAACAAAUCAACUCAUCACAUCCCACUACUCAACAUUGAGGACUUCGCCGUCUGAUUCGCACGGUGCAAAGCUGACAAAAUACCCUGACUUUUCGCUCAAUGAUACCAAUAUGGAUUUGAGUGCUAUGGAAAUAUCUUCUAAAGAUAUGGUUCAACUAUCUGAGAAGACCGUGGAAGUGUUACUUUCCACGUUGUUUCCUACAUCGGGCCACUCAACAUCACGGAGUGUUCAAAAUCAAGGAUAUCCUCUAGAAAGUACAACAAUAGAUUGGAGAAAACCUCGCUCACAAGAGGCUAGGCAACACGCAGCCCAGCUAUGGGAAAGGCACUCAAAAUACCAAGCCCAUGUGGAAAGUGAUCCGGAAGAAAGUACGUAUUCUCGAAGGGAUUCACAUAAUAAGGAUGGAAACUCCGAGAGCGGCACGUGCAACGAAAUUCAUAGAAGCCAACGAGAAAGUGCGGGUGGAAGUAGAAAUCCAGUCUAUAUUGGAUCGUCACGAAACACUGAGGGGAGGCAAAUGGAUAACCACGCAACCCCAUUGCAAAGUACGAGCUUACCUACGCCAUCUCAUUUCCCACCUGCACCCCAUCAUCCCUGGCGAGGAUAUACGGCACAUUCAAGGCAUGAUCGUGACAAAUCAUAUGCGAAACCUACAAAGAGAGCCACUCCAAGGGCUGCAGUUCACUUCGUGGAACCAGACCACUCUCCACCCAGUUCAACACCACACAGACCCCGAGGCGGCACAAAGGAUCAUCAUCACAGGUCUUUCGCACGUAGUGCCACCAAAGGCUUGCUCGGAGUCGGCGCUAUUGCUGGAUUCAUGGAGGCAUUAGAAGCGUUUUCAGUCAUUUAG